CGUCUUUCCGCACUGUUAUUUUUUUGUCCUCCCACAAGCCGCAAAGCAACAAACCCGAGUGAGGACUCGCCCCGACUCGCUAUAACCGCUUAUAGCGUUUUAAAACACUGACACUGACCUGGAGCGCUUUUAUUCAUGGAGUUAAAGGACACCUGAGCGCGUUUAUAUCGCCGGGUUUGGACAGAAAGCGAGCGGAGGCCGAGAACACGGCGGAGCGGCGGCUCUGCUGCUGGAGCUGGGGCUCUCACGGCACCUCCAGGGCUGGACACAGAACUGCUGGAUAUUUUCUUUAUUUUAGGGAAUAAAGGGCUGAACCUAAGCCCUGAGCCUUCAGCAUGGCGCACCUCCGGGCCAUCAACCAGAACGCUCGUCUGGACCCAGAGGAGUACUUCACUAAGCAGGAGCGGAUCGGGAAGGGUUCAUUCGGCGAAGUCUACAAAGGCAUCAACAACCGCACUAAAGAGGUGAUGGCCAUCAAGAUCAUCGACCUGGAGGAGGCUGAGGACGAGAUCGAGGACAUCCAGCAGGAGAUCACUGUCCUCAGCCAGUGUGACAGCCCCUUCGUCACCAAGUACUACGGCUCCUAUCUCAAGGGAACUAAACUGUGGAUCAUUAUGGAAUAUUUGGGAGGAGGAUCUGCUUUAGAUCUUCUCCGCCCUGGUCCAUUGGAGGAAACGUACAUCGCAACUAUACUUAGGGAAAUUCUGAAGGGUCUGGAGUAUUUACACUCGGAAAGGAAGAUUCAUCGCGAUAUUAAAGCUGCCAACGUGCUGCUGUCUGAGCAGGGGGACGUGAAACUGGCGGACUUCGGCGUGGCCGGUCAGCUCACAGACACACAAAUUAAGAGGAACACGUUUGUGGGGACUCCGUUCUGGAUGGCCCCGGAGGUCAUCAAACAGUCCGCCUACGACUUCAAGGCUGAUAUCUGGUCGUUGGGCAUCACAGCCAUCGAGUUGGCUAAAGGAGAACCGCCAAACUCGGACCUGCACCCCAUGCGUGUGCUCUUCCUCAUCCCUAAAAACACCCCCCCUACGCUGGAGGGCUCCUAUAGCAAACCCUUCAAAGAGUUUGUGGAGGCGUGUCUCAAUAAAGACCCACGAUUCCGACCCACAGCCAAAGAGCUGCUGAAACACAAGUUCAUCACGCGCUACACCAAGAAGACCUCGUACCUGACGGAGCUGAUCGACCGCUACCGCCGCUGGAAAUCCGAGGGCCACGGAGAGGAGUCCAGCUCCGACGACUCCGACAUGGACGGAGACGGUGACGAGCGGGACCAGUGUCCUAUGUGGACUUUCCCCACAGUGCGUCCCAGCUCCAUGAAUAAACUGCAGAAAGGCUACGCCAACACAGACUCCGAGGCGGCGGAGACGGUGAAGAGGCUGCCGAGAUCUCAGUGCCUGUCUGCACUCGUCUCGCCCAUUUUCAGAGAGUUAAAGGAAAAGCGGAGGGCGAGCGGUGGAGGAAUCGGGGCCAUAGAAGAGAUGGAAAACGCCUUUAAUCUGGCCGAGGAGUCGUGUCCCGGCAUCUCAGACCUGCUGGUCACACACGUGAUGGAGAGAGUGUGUCGGUUUGCACUGAACAGCAACGGAAACACGACCACGUCGUCACGGUGAAGCCCCUCCUAACCCCGGCCUCGACCUCCGACGACCUGUUCAUGACCCCCCGGUGCACCCCGUGUUCCCCGUUCUCUCCACCGUGCAGAUGUUUUAAUGAGUUGUAAUGAAAUAUUUUUACAGGUUCUUUAUAGAGCGGAGAUAUUUAAGAGACAAAGCCAUGCCACUGAGCUGUGUUUACCCCUUACACACAUUACACCCCAAUCCUCAUAAAACCUCACACACGCGAA